AUGGCACGCAGAGCCCAUCUCAAGUCUCGCCUAGGAUGUCGGGUUUGCAAGCAGCGCAAGGUCAAGUGCGAUGAACGCAAACCCGUCUGCGAUCGAUGUGUGACCGCCGGCCGCCGAACGAAAGGCUUGACUCGAGAAGCGGGUGGUGGAGAGUCAAUUGGGGAGAAGAGAAGCCGCAAGGGGCAAUCUCGUAUUCUCGUAUACUCGUAUAGCCUACCCGACCAGGCACGUUUCUUGUUUGUGGAGUAG